GAAAGCGAGAUGGAUGACGUGGACACAACCGUCGUUUAGACUAAAUUCCUGAAAGAUAGGAUUUUUUUUUUUUUUAAUCUCUGCCUUUCCCAUAGCUAAACAAAUGUCUGUUGACUUAGAGAAAGAAAGUGGUGGAAAAGUUUCUCUCUGGCUCUCCAGGAACCGGGCAGAUUCCUGAGAGGAGCUGGUGGGCGGACUUGGCGGUGGCUUCGCUCUGCAAUACAGCAAUGGAGAUCAGAAGGUAGGAUAGCAGUAUGGCUGCAUAUCCCCAUCCUCCAAAGCCGAUUUAUUGCCCCUGCUGCUUCCCUGGGUUUCUGCUUUCACCAUGCAGAAUCGGAUUCAUCCACGCUGACACUAUGGCUGGGAGAGGGACCCAGCCGAUUACCAGGAUAUGCUACACAUCAACUAGGAGUUGCAGGAGCUGUAUUUGAUGAAAAUACUAGAAAAAUCUUGGUGGUACAAGACCGAAAUAAAAUUUAGAUGCUUUUUAUUUAUUUUUGUUGACUGACUGCUGUGGCUAAGACUCCAGUACUAUGUUCAAUAAAAAUGUUGAAAAAUAUGUGGAAGUUUCCAGGAGGCCUGUCAGAGCCUGGAGAAGAUAUUGGAGACACAGCAGUUCGAGAAGUUUUUGAAGAGACUGGUAUAAAAUCAGAGUUCAAGUCCCUCCUGAGCAUUCGGCAACAGCACGCCAGUCCUGGAGCUUUUGGGAAGUCAGAUAUGUAUAUCAUCUGUCGCUUAAAGCCAUAUUCAUUCACCAUAAAUUUUUGCCAGCAUGAAUGCUUAAGGUGUGAAUGGAUGGAUCUCAAUGACCUGAUCAAGACUGAAAAUACAACUCCUAUCACCAGCAGAGUUGCUAGGCUGUUGCUCUAUGGGUAUAGAGAAGGCUUUGACAAGAUUGAUUUCACCAUGGAAGAACUUCCGGCAGUUUACACAGGCUUGUUCUAUAAACUCUAUCACAAGAAACUGCCAGACAAUUACAGAACUAUGACAGGAAUGAAUUAAAUCCAUAUUUGCACAUUUUAAAAAAUCUUAAGUAAAUUGUACGUGCAGAAAAAUGUGUGCCAUAUUAUAAAAAGUAGUGGACAUUUGGGGUUAACUAAAUAUCUGAUUUUAAUUUUCUCAUGAGUAUAAUUUACAUGAAGAAAACUUACUUGAAGAAAAUGUGCAAAUUUUAAAAGCCUCUUUUCAAAUGAAGCAAAUGUAAGAAAAAGAUUGUAGCUCUAAGUAAGCUUCACUAGAUAAAGGCAAAUGCAAUAUAAAAGGUGGAAGUCUAUACAUUUUCCAGGCAUUUUUGUUGCUUUUUCUUUAGUAAGGCAAUGAUUAAAUAUUUACUAUUAGAUAAAAGGUUAUCUGACCAUUUAUCCAAACAGAGCAGAUCACUGUACACAUUUUUUCUUUUCUUCCAUUAACAAAUUUCUAAAAUAUACGUCUUCUUUCAUGUGAAAUGAGAUAAGAUGCUGCCAUUUAGAUCAGCUCUUAGCAGACAUUGGAAGAAAAAGUAUAGCUUUCUGCCCAGGUCCUGUUUUUGGUCCAAGUUUAUACUGCCCAGUUCGUUUCAGUGCCACAUACCAACUGGAGUAUUUCCUUGACCGGUAAGUAUUGUAGUUAUUAGAUUCCAAUCGUUCAAAAAAGAAGCACUCGUCAGUAACACAUUUCUGAAAAAUAAAGGAAGAAUUAAUAGUUACUAUUAUAUUUUCAUAUGAAAUACUUAGGAUAGUACACUGUCCAUUCUGCUCAAUCAGCAGUAGUGCUCUUGGCUUGAGCAGGACAGACUAGUUUGCAAGACUCAACAGGCCAAAGUCAGACAGGAUCUAACUCUGUAGAGGGAUGCAGGAAGGAACACAGCAAGUCAGUGGGAGAGCUUUCAAGCACAUCUCUUCAGAGGAAGACUCCAAGGACCAAUGUCCAGCCCCCACAAUGGACAGGCCAGGUAUUAGGCAGCAAGAGCACACCGCUGCUAUAGGAACCACACUGCCUCAGACUGGAAACAUCCCGUGAAUGAACACAGAUUUCACAAAGGGGGAUACGCCCAGUAACAAAGAGCGCAGUACACUUAGUGGUUUCCGGUUAGGUAUUUAUGGUGCAUCCAUAGUCCUCCCAGUCCAGAGGCAGGUUACCGAUUAGGGAUCAUUUUUCUUUUUAUCAGGGUUCCAUGAAAGUGCUAGAAGAGUAACCCAGAAGUACCUUCCUAAAGAAGAAGGGCUUUGUUGCUACUUUACUCACAGAAACAGAAUCAAUUCCUUAAACUAUAGCAAUGCUUUCCUAAUGGUUAAUGUUUCUAAGGCAUAAAAAGAACAGUUUAUUAUACAGAAAAUAGCUAAUGUAUAUAAUGCCAAAAAAAAGUAUUGGAACAUUACAUCUGAUGAAUCAUUAUCUGUUAGUGUUUUGAGACUACUAAGUAACAAAGACCAUACUGA